CCGAGCUACGCUGUCAGUCAACGGGGUUUCGGGCUGAUUACCUUGGCGCUCUCUGGUCGGGACUCCCAAGAGGAGAAAGUCGCCUCGCCAGUCGCGGGUUCAUGCUCCGGGAUUAAGUGAUCGCCAGUCUCACAGCUUUCGUCGAAACUGCCCCGUGGGGAUUCAUGCCGUGUUGGUGAGCUAAAUGCGGUACGAAGCUAAAAUGAUGCCGAUGUUCCUGACAGUAUACCUCAGUAACAAUGACCAGCAUUUUACUGAGGUUCCUGUUACCCCGGAGACGCUGUGCCGGGACGUGGUGGAGUUGUGCAAGGAGCCAGGGGAAGCAGACUGUCACCUCUCUGAGAUGUGGCGUGGAUCUGAGCGAGCUGUAGGUGACGGGGAGAGAAUGCUGGAUGUGCUCCAACGAUGGGGACAACACAGGGCAGAGGUGCGCUUCUUUCUGCGCCACAAUCGAGCCCCUGGCAGGGAAUCAGGCGGGCCAAGAGGCUCCGAGCAGAAGAGGAAUGGAGUGAAGGGUCCCCAAGACAGAAGAAUGGAGAAUGGGGUGGCAACACCCAGGAUGGACAUGACGCUGGCUGAACUACAGGAGAUGGCUGCCAGACAGCAACAACAAAUAGAAACUCAACAACAGCUCCUUGCUUCUAAGGAGCAGCGGCUGCGCUACUUAAAGCAGCAGGAGCAGCGGCAGCAGCAGCAAGCCUCUGAGCAGGAGAAGCUGCAGCGCCUCCGAGAGCACAUCGACAACCAGGAGACUCGGCUCAAGAAGGUCCGGGCCCUCAAGGGCCAAGUGGAGCAGAAACGCCUCAGCAAUGGCAAACUGGUGGAAGAGAUCGAGCAGAUGAACAACCUGUUCCAGCAGAAGCAGAGAGAACUAGUGAUGGCUGCUUCCAAGGUGGAGGAGCUUAGCCGUCAGCUGGAGUUGCUCAAAAAUGGCAAAAUGGAAAACUUCCAUGAAAAUCAGAGCUCGGCGGCUGAACUGGACCGUCUCUACAAGGAACUCCAGCUGAGGAACAAACUCAACCAGGAUCAGAACUCUAAGUUGCAGCAGCAGAGAGAAGGUCUGAACAAACGCAACCUGGAGGUGGCUGCGAUGGACAAACGGAUCAUUGAGCUCCGGGAUCGGCUUUGGAAGAAGAAGGCCGCGCUGCAGCAGAAGGAGAACCUGCCUCCUCAGAUGCCCUGUCAGUCAGAGCUCGCCCACGCCAACAAUGGCUACCCUGGAAAAGAGAGGGCUUCAAAGGACACACAUCUUCAGGUUCCCUCUGAUGGUCAAGCCGGACAGCAGUCGGGUCCGUCUCGUGUGGCGGCGGUUGGCCCGUACAUCCAGUCGUCCACCAUGCCCAGGGGCCCAGUGAGGCACGACCUACUCGUAAAACCGGCCCACCCAGACGGCGCUGCCACCCUUCCAGCCCACGAGCCACGGAGCAACGCAGCAGGAGCAGAGGAGUCUGGGACACCAGCUGGCUGUGAUGUCAGUCUGAGCUCAGAAGAAGCCAUGUUCUUGCUUCAGCCUCUGAAAGAGCUGCGGGCUAAGAGAAAAGCUCUUCAGCCAUCAAAGCUGGCAGACUGGGGCUCUUCAGGCUCAGAAUCCAACACCAACGGUCAUGGUCCAGCUUCAACACUGCCACGAGUGACCUCUCACUCCAACGCUAACACAGAACAAGAUGAGACGGAACUGAAGAGGGACAAGAAGGUGCGUCCAUUUUCCAUGUUUGAGCCAACUGAGGCUCCCACCAGCUCCCUACGCAAAAACCAGAGCAGUGAUGACCUGGUCAGGGAUGCUACGUUGGCUCCCAAAGCUCCAUUCAAGGUGCCUCCUCCUGUUCCCACGAAACCAAAAGGCCCUGGUGUGGUGCCCUAUGGCAAACCAGGUCUCAACACGGGCACCUUCCCCAAAACCAAGCCCCACAGCCAGCAGCCCCCGGCUGCACAGGGCCGCCACCCUCUCCCAUCCUCACAGAGCCAGACACUCCCCCUACCCUCCAAGCAAGACAUUCCACCUGCAGCCACUGUACGGCCCUUCACCCCAGAGCUGCCCGGCUCCAAAGACGGCAGCAUCAAUAAGCCCCAGACCGUAGCGGCCAGCUCCAUUUACUCCAUGUACACCCAGCAGCCCGGCUCGGGGAAGCCCUUCAGCCAGCCGGUUGUGCAGGGCGCGCUCAACAGGUCUCAGACCCGCACCAAUGGAUUUGUCAGUGUGUAUGGCAAACCGGUAAUCCCUGGUGGAGGCUCCCUACAUCCAGAGAACCCUUACAUGGACCGGCGGUCCCCCGUCUUAGAAACGGACGUUGACUAUAAUGUACCCAACAACGUCGGUCCCAGCCCGUCUGAGGGUCCCCAAACGGAAACAGAUCGCAUCCCGAGGCCCCUCAGCCCCACCAAGCUGCUUCCCUUCAUUUCCAAUCCCUACAGGCAUCAGAGUGAUGGCGACCUGGAAGCCCUGAGGAAGAAGCUCUACAACGCACCAAGGCCCUUGAAGAAACGCAGCUCCAUCACUGAACCAGAGGGUCCUGCAGGGCCCAACAUUCAGAAACUCCUCUACCAGAAGACCACGCUGGCAGCCAUGGAGACUGUGACUACAACAACGACUCUAACCUAUGCCGGGGAAGCAGAGAAAGCAGCAGAGGGAUCAGUGGGGUCACAUGUUCCAGGCAAUCUGAGUGGUGCGGAGAGCCACCCGUCAGCGACGGGACGGACUCUGGAGGGAGGACAGCUGCCAGCUCACAUCCCAGGUGCUAAAGUCCCCGUUUCAGGCCCGACUGAACAGACCAAACCACCUUCAGCCUUCCACGAGCGCGAGGACAUUAUCCCACCGCCUCCCCCGUCCCACCCAGCCCCCAGGCCAGAUGAUGCUCUUUUCCCACCACCAUCCUUAGCUGGCUUGGAGGAUUCAAUGGCCAACCUGCCUCCUCCACCUCCGGAAGGCUUCCUGGAAGAGUUCCCCCCCUACCCACCACCCCCAUACCCCAGUGGAGCAGAGCAGGACAGCUUGGGAGAGGACACCUUUAACAUGACGGCCCCGGAGGUCACUGGCCAGGUCACGCUGCCACCGGGAAAGAGAACCAACUUGCGCAAGCUUGGCUCUGAACGCAUUGAUCACGCCAUGAGAGUCAAAUUCAACCCACUGGCUCUGCUGCUGGACUCUUCUCUGGAGGGAGAAUUUGACCUGGUCCAGAGAAUCAUCUAUGAAGUGCAAGAUCCCAGUCAGCCCAACGAUGAAGGAAUCACUGCCCUACACAACGCGGUCUGUGCCGGACAUACAGAGAUUGUCAAGUUUCUGGUUCAGUUUGGUGUCAACGUCAAUGCUGCAGACAGCGACGGCUGGACACCUCUUCACUGUGCUGCGUCCUGUAACAAUGUGCAAGUGUGCAAGUUCCUGGUGGAGUCCGGCGCAGCAGUGUUCGCAAUGACUUACAGUGACAUGCAAACGGCGGCUGAUAAAUGUGAAGAGAUGGAGGAGGGCUACACCCAGUGCUCCCAGUUCCUCUAUGGUGUGCAAGAGAAGAUGGGCAUCAUGAACAGGGGAGUGGUCUACGGCCUGUGGGAAUACAACGGCGAGAACCCUGAUGAACUGAAGUUCCGCGAGGGAGACUGCAUGACCAUCGUUCGAAGGGAGGACGAGGACGAGAUCGAAUGGUGGUGGGCGCACAUGGGUGACACUGAGGGGUACAUUCCCCGCAACCUCCUCGGGCUCUAUCCCAGAAUAAAGCCAAGGCAUAGAACCCUUGCUUAAAACGCCACGCAUCCCAGUGUGCCAAAACUCUCCAAAACACACACACACACACACACACACACACACACUCUCACACACUCACGUUAACAGACUGGGGAAGAGAAGGACACUGCUGAGGUGAAGAGAUGGAGACAGACCAAACAAUAUGAAGGAUCAACUAUGAACUCUUUCUGGCACUUUUUUUCUGUACCGACAGCAGAGGGAUUCUCCCUCACUUAUUUUUCCAGGCCAAUCUGUGUACUAUGUACUUAAGACGCUAUUUACAUUGUUUCCUUUUAUUCCGCUGUUUAUGAAAUGAGUGUCUGCAACUUUUUCUUAACUGACAGAAACACAAAUGUUGGGAUAUAAAUGGAACAAGCGGGAUUGUUAUUGCGGGACCUUUUUACACUUUUAAAUAGUCUUUUAAAACUACUCUGGGCUCAACAUUGCAUGAGCUGAACAAGUGGAUGAUGAUGAUGAUAAUGAAGAGGUUUUUACAAAUGCUCUGUGACAGAGACAAUCUUUGGGGCGCCUGUUUUUCAUCAUCUGUGUGGAGUGACUGCCUCUUGUUAACAGCACUAGAGGAGUAACGUCUCAGUUGUGACCAUCACUGUUAUAAAGAAGAAGAGAAAACAAUUAGAUGAUCGGUGAAAAGAAAUGGUGAUGAAUCUUUUGAUCUAUUGCUGUUUAUACCCGGAAAGCCAAUCUGCUUUCUUGCUUUUUGGUCGAGAUGCCAUAGAUACUCAUGUAUUUGUACGUCUUAAAAUGAGUGAAAAGUUACCGUAGCAAUUAUAUUGUUAUAAAAAUGGACUUUGAUGUCAUGCAGUAUGAAAAAUUAUAUUUUAUUACAGCCAUUUCAUGACGAUAUAAUAAUGUAAGAAGGCAAACGUAAUACCAGAACGCUUUGUAAUAAGCAGUAAGCAAAGAGGAUGCUGUAUCAUAAGUCAGAAACAAUAUUUCCAGUCCAAAAAAAAAUGAAAAAGAGAGAACUUAUAGUAUGAGUUCUCAGGACCAUCACUUAUCUGUCAAAGCAGAUGUAUUUAUUUUUGUUACCUUUUUCUUUAGCUCUUUUGUCAGUACUAUAACCACAAAUGUACUGCAGUAUUUCAAACAUUUACAAUAAAAUACUUUGUACUAAG